ACCCUCAAACCAGCUGUGGCUCCAGCCACUGCCCAGAAUGGUUCAGGAGGCUAGUCAGCUGCCUCAAAUCCAGGACCAACAGAGACUAAGUCCCCACUGCAUCUGGAACAGUUUCCUGCCUGGUCUCAGGGGGGCCUCUGGACUACAGAAUGGGGCCAGGGGCAAGAGAUAUCAGGGUGGGACCCACUGGGUGAAUGAUCCCCUCAUCCAGUGUGAAGGGAGGAAGUGCCACCGUUCCCAUCCAAGCCCCAGGCAAGGGCAGGCAUUCCCUGGCUCCUGUGUACCUCAGACACCUCCAGCAGCUCCUACCAUGGACAGGUGGUACCUGGGUGGCAGUGCCAAGGGGACAGAGAAUCCCUUCGAGUACGACUAUGAAACCGUCCGCAAAGGAGGCCUGAUCUUCGCGGGCCUGGCCUUCGUCGUGGGCCUCCUCAUCAUUCUCAGCAAAAGGUUCCGCUGUGGGGGCGGUAAGAAACAUAGGCAGGUCAAUGAAGAUGAACUGUGACAGAAGAGCUGGCAGUGCCCACCGGUGCAUGGGCACCAGCGAUGACCACCUUCCCCAGCUGCGCACCACAGAACCCAGCACAGUCAGCAUGGGCUGAAGGAAGUGCCAGGCAUCCUGGGAACCCCUUCAUGGUCAUCCCCUCGUGCCUCAGAUCCUUAACUUCCUCUCUCCCCUCCCCAGCUUCUCUAACACCCCACUCCCUGUUCCAAGUUAAGGAGCAUGUGUAGCCUCAUCCCCCUGGUUUUCAAUGAAUCCUUGUGUAAGCAACUGCCAAUGAAAUCGGCUCGCUGUGGUCA